AUGAUAGCCCCGAACGCCGACGAAGGAAGCCUCAUGAUGAUCCGGCCUCGAAGAAACUGGACCCCCGAAGAGGAUGUGAUCUUGAAGCGAGAGGUUAGACGAGUACAAGCAGAGGGUGACAACAUCAGUUGGCAUGAUAUUGCUGCAUUCCUUCCCGGGCGAACGAACAAAGACUGCCGGAAGCGGUGGUAUGGCACAGCAGCUGCAAAGGUCAAGAAGGGGCCAUGGACCGAGUCCGAGGACGAACGCCUGCGACGGGCGAUUGAGCGACAUGGCACAAAGUGGGCUGUCGUGGCUUCGGUGGUUGGGACGAGGCUGCCAGAUCAGUGCUCAAAACGAUGGAGCCAUGCCAUCAAUCCGGAUAUCAAUCACAGCCCAUGGACUCCUCAGGAGGACGAGCUGUUGAUGCAAUAUGUCAACAAGCACGGCCACUACUGGCAGCAGAUCGUCUCGCUCUACUUCCCCGGACGGACGAGUCUCGCCGCGAAGAACAGAUACCACAUACUGCAGCGGAGGCUGAAGAGUGAAGAAUCCGCUGUUGCCGAUGGAGUCUGCGAUUGGGAAAGAUCGAACGAUGGCAGUUUGUGGCAGGAGAUUCUCUGGUCUGAUCCAUCGCAGCGACAGGACUCUCCGCCAUGGACAGGGAGGAGCGACCACGGUUUGCCUUUCACAACACGAUCACCCACGGAGCCAGUCGCACCUGCCAGGAAUUUCUUCACGCCCGAUAAAGGCCCGUCCUGGCUCCCGUUGACGCCUUGCUCUCCGCUCUACGAUGCCCCAGCUGAUUUCCUAAACGAUCCGCCGCCGUUCCAGUUCCCUGGACUACCUACACAAAACGGAGACAGUGGAAUCCCAGCUCUCGAAUAUCCAUUCCCAUCCACAGUUACCGUCGACGAGCUCCUGCUCCAAAGUCUCUCCAGCACUCAUUCCACCGCUAUACCCACGACUACAUCCCCCUCGCCCCCCGUCUCUUCAAGCACAAACACAACCCCAACCACCGAGUCAGAUCAGCGCCGAUUAUGCAUCGAGGCAGUCUGCUCAACCGACAAGCUCAGCGCUCUCUUCGAAGCCGUAACGAGGUACUCUGUGUCAGCCGUGAUCAAAACCGACGACUAG